AUGGGUAUAUUUGCUUUUGACAAUGCUACAUCCCAUAAAGCAUUCUCUGAAGAUGCUCUUAUGGCUUCAAAAAUGAAUCUUGAUUCAGAUGGAGAAGCAGCUAAAUAUGCUAUUAAAAAGCAUAGGAGACAUAGAACAAUUAAUGAAGAA